UCUUAUUAUCUAAUUACCUCUCUCGGAUAUUUUUUUAGACCAGACUAUAUAUAAAUUUCUUUAUUUACUACUUAUUUCUUUGUUUAACAUGCAUGCAGAAAUGCUACAGAAUCACGUACUUAAAUCUUGCUAAUACAUUAAAUGCUUGACCUACAAAAAUUUUUCUUCUUGCGGAGGAUGUCGUAGUAAACCGUGCGGAAAAACCAAUAUAUACUUGUGUAAAUUCCGGUAUUAGAACGGGCUGCUUGCCGAGAAAUCGGUUUGAAAUACUGCGGCGUUGGAAAUCCGAGCUAUUGAGGAUGUUGCUGCAGAUUCACCGUUUGAAAGAUUCCACAUGCGUUCAAGAAAUUAAUAAAUAAAACAAUAUCCUCGAUGUAAUUAGCAAAUUCAUCGCUUCCGAAAACACGCAAUGUAUGUACUUGGUUAGCGAGAUGCUUAAUUUUUGUUUGUUCGCUGUAAACCGUCAAUGUUUUUCUUAAAGAUUAUGACAAUUAACAUAACCUAACGUAAACUGAAUUAAUCUGGAUUAACAUUGGAAAAUUAUUGCGCGAUAUGUGAAACGUUAAAGAUGAGAGUGUUAAAUUGUCUAUUAGACAAUUGGCAUUGGCCGAGACGCGUGCUCGGCAUCUCGAAACUACCCACUUUCGAAUUUUUUAAAUCUAUGCAUCCUGACUUAUCGCGCAAUCAGUUAUUGAAUCAAUUGAGGAAACAGGGUAUAGACACCGAUGAGAUUCUCACGGAACAUCAUCGGCAACUUGCCUGCGAGAAAGAACUUGCGCGCAUUCUACGUAAUCUCGACGUCAGUUAUCGAAUUAUGAAAAGGUAAUGUGAACUUUAUGAACGAGUUACUUUGUAAGUUAAUGAACCUGCCAUUACCGUGGGGCUUUUUCUUUUUAAAGUAGAAAAUCCGUGACGUAAUAAAUUACAAGGUCGAUGCUCCAAUUUAUGAAUUACAAAGAAAUUGCGAACAAUGUUGUUAAUUAACUAAAAAUUCCAAGGGCUAUUUAUUUGCCCUUCGCAUACAGAAUAGGCGACGCAAAGAGAUGCAUAGAUUGGGCCGACUUGGUGAUCGCAAUCGGUGGAGAUGGCACCUUUCUCCUAGCCUCCAAGUUGAUAACGAGUAACAAGACGCCGAUAUUCGGUAUUAAUCCGCAUCCUGCAACUGACAAUACCUUCGUACUGCCGAUCGUGCAUAACGUGGAUAUGGAGAGGCUAUUCGAGAAAUUGCGCGCGGGGGAUUACACUGUCUUGAUGAGAAGUCGCAUACGUACAACAAUGACAGGCGAAGGACUGUAUCGACAGCCCUUUCAUGUGCAUGAAAAGAGUCGCAGGGAAGGUGAGAAAAGAGUCGAGUGAGUUGAUUGGCUUCUAAUUAAUUUUCUUUGAUAGUAAAAACGAUUAAUAUAAAUUUUUUUUCCGCUCCAUAAACCGUAACGUAAUUUUCUCGCAAAGAAAAACUUGCGUCAGAACAAAUCUUUCUCUUAAGGAAAAUCCACAAUAUCAUUUAUCUUUCCUUAUCUUUUCUUACGCAAGGUUCUAUUUCACAUUUUAUCUACAAAAUCUUCUCAGUAUUUCUCUUGGGGAUGCAGUCGUCAUUUUCGAGACUUGAGUCGCGAGAAGCGAGUUGAAGUACGUUAUAGAAUAAUAGUAUUAAUAAAUCAGGUGUGCCAAAGCGAGUGAAAUCAAAUAAGGCGGAAAAGGACUUACGGAACACGACGGGCGUCUCUCCUUUAUUCGCGAGUGCUUGAAAAGGAAAUUUCCUCGGAGCGGCAUUAACGUAACACAAAAAGAUAAACGCUUGAAUGCUUUUUGAUAGUCGGAGAAUGGUUUUGCGAGCACGGCUGCGUAGCGAAACGAGAAGUAACAAGGUUGACAGGGUGGAGUUGCCGUUCGCCACCGCGUGCGGAAAAUGUAUCGUAUAAUUCCGUUAGCCCGCAUAGAUAGAGAAACAUUAAAGCGCCGGUUUCGCGAGAAUGACGUCCCCGCGCUAAACUUUUAUUUACCGGCUACUCCUACGGCGCAGUCUAAAGUUGAAAUAAGCAGCUGGUAUCGCCGACCGCCUGGUGCGCCUUCGCGAGGGGGACGCUGCAGUGCGUCUUCAUUGCCCGGCCCAGCGGCUUGGUCCUCGCUUCGCAACCGAAGUUUCGAACUACAGCUUAUGCGCGUUAUAACUUCGGUAGUUAUAACUUGUAAAUUACAAGGGCCGCGUAGUUACGACUUGCCCAAGAAGGCCGUAACUUCUGGAUUCGCGCAAAUUUUACGGGGGGGUGACGCGAUGCGACGCGUACGAGGUCUUCUUAAACUCGGAUCUAUCGGGAUUGACCGGAAAAGAGAAAAAAUUCUCGAGAGAGAUUAAGUUCGAUGAUUAAAUUUAAUUCGACAUCUCCGGGAAACAAUUUAACCGUCGCACACUUGAUAUUCCAUUACGUUCCCCAUGUAAUCUCUCUUUCUCUCGCGAACUCGCUCUCGCGUCCCAUUAAUUCCUUUCGAGUUUCGCGACGUCUCUCCAAAGGCGCGCUAAACAAAUGAAAUCUUCGCAGCGCACUCAUGAGAUCCACUCAGAGGAAAAUAGCAGAUGCCCUGCAGCCCCGUCGGAGAAUUUUACCUUGGCUGGCAUUAAACGAGGUUACAUCUGACGUAAAGCGUUUCUACGCCGGAGUGCCGAUCGAUAACGCUCGUCACGCGCGUUUCUAGGUGUUUAUGGCCGAAUUUUUGGCGUCGAGACCGAUCGUGCUGACGAUUCAGGCUGACGACGAGGACCAGUUCAUGAUCCGUUCCUCGGGUAUCUGCGUAUGCACCGGCUCAGGCUCUCGGUCCUGGUUCAGAACGAUGAAUCUGCAAACCGCCGAAACCAUUCAAACGCUAGCAGUCAUGGCAACUGGCAGGCAACUCGACGAGAAAGAAACCUACGAAGUGUUGUACAAGUAUCACAGUAACCUUUUGUUCCCGCCAGAAAAUUUAAGAAUGGCAUAUGUGAUAUACGAAAUGUCUCGAAAUUCACUCUGGCCAGAACUUAUCUCGGAUAGACGAAUGUGCUGCAAAAUCAAAAUCAAGUCUACGGGCUUUGAUGCCGGACUCGUUUUAGACGGUAACGUGUCUUUACCUUUCAACGAUGGCAGCACCGCGUUUUUCGAAAUCCGACCUGAAUUCUCAUUAAAAAAUAUCGUCUUUCGAUAAGUAUAUCGUCGUUGUAACUCCAUCCUCAUUAAGCAAUAAAGCUGCUUUACUCUAACUUCUCAAUAACUUCUUCCCUCGAUGCGACAGUUCAAUUGUACAAAAGUCUCUUUCAACUCGCUCUUAAUCGGACAGAAGCAAAGGGGUAACUUCUUUUAGCGUGUCGUACUAAAUCUGAUGACGUAAGACUGACACGGACUAGAAGAAACCUCCUCGACCCUAUAGAUUUAUUGUUACAUUCAGUGACGACGGAUGGCUUGGUACAUUUUUUUUCAGCGGCGAUUUUCAGAGGGCCAUUCUCUUUUUCUCCGGGGCGACUUAAAAAUAAAACCUUUCGCAAUCUCUCCGUUCUCCGUUCCCGUCUUUAGUACGCGACCGAACAAGCCUCGCUCCGGACUUCCAUUAACUCCGUAAUUUCGGUUUUCACCGAACCGCAGACACUCCUCUCGUGCACCCCCGUUGUAUCUCGAUGUUUCAUGGAGCGAACGCGCACACGAGCACCCACCUAUCUACCUAUCCUCAGCUUUUGCUAAGUGCACCGUUACGCUCGGAGCAAGAGUUGUAGAUGCUCGAAACACGAGAUACCGCACAAAGCCCUUAGGUGGCCAGGUGGGCGCCGACGUUUUCGGGUGCGCCGUCGCGUAAAGUAGUAGUAAAAGAGUUGCGAGAACGUAAAAGUCGUGACCCACGUCCACUUCGUACCCGGGAAAACUUUAGUUUCACUGAGACGGCCGUCUUUCACCAAUUGCGCCUCGGAAGAAUUUCAACAGCAGUAUUUCUCAAUAGUUCCGUAUCACUAGCAGCCGUAUAAAUAGCAGCUUACGCCGAGAGACGAGAGGAAAUCGAAUUCUUUUGGACCUCGACUCCGUCGGAGAGAAGAUCUCGGCUUCUCUCGCGAUUAUUUCUAUGCGGACGACCGUUCUGAAAUUUCAAAUGCCGAUAAAUGCAAUUGGUCAAACGUUCAUUACACACACACACACACACACACGAACAUACUCUGUACUUUUUUUUGGUUUAUUUAACUUAUUCGCGGUACUAUUU